GAAAAGAAAUUCGAAAAAAGAAAUAGGGAGGAGUCUAUUUAUAUUGUUUUGGUAUAUUGUGUAACAUGAUCUUGAUUUCGUCGUUUUUGACAAUGAUUACAAAAGGCAAAACGCCGCAUCAUCAAACACACAGCGCCUUAAUCUGAUCGUGAUCAUCGUUCCCAGUUGGUGUAAGGGUUCCAUUCCAACACCUUGCUUUUCAGAUGAUUACUAACAUCAUGGGCCCGACACAUAAUUCCUGCCCUCGAUGCUGAUGCCGACUCGAAUAUACUUUGCUCUGUUCUUCCAAAAUUCCCUUUUCUUUUCUCCAACUCUUAUCUUGAUCCCCGUUUCUUUCUCUUUUCUCUCUAUCUAAUAUCCUCUGCCACCGCCGCUGCUUCUUCCGCCGUUCUUCUUCUAUCUCUUUCUGUUGAGUUAUGGAAUUUUUUCUUGAACUUGCGCUAACUAUUAGUCUUCCUCUUCUUAUUUCAUUUAUUGUUAGUAAGUUUCUUUCAUCCAGGGGGUCUACUGAUGAAGAAUUGGCUCCAUUUGGUUUUGACUUCGGAUUUGGAUCGCGAAUUCGUAAUCUGGAGAGUGGUAAACCUAGCGUUGUCGUUGAAGAUUUUGUCGGUGAAGGUGAGAUUGUAGAAUGUGAACCGAAACAGGGGAAUUUCACCGGAGUACUUGAAUCGAGAGAUGAAACUGAGAAGGAAUGUGAUGAUAAGGUGAUUGAAUAUGUGAGGAGUGUUGAAGAAAGAGUAGAGAGUGGCUUAGAUAAUACUGGUGGUGAUUGCCGAGGAGAAGGUGCAGAGAAGGUAAUCGAUGAAAGUUCUGUAAGGGUGAGGCGUGAGGAAACUGGAAUCAAUCGGGAUGAGGGAGAAGACGUACGCGAGGGCAAUGAAGUUGAGGCGUUUGAAAGUGAUCGGAGCAAGGAAUCCGGUGGAGUAAGCGAGGGAGGAUCGGUGGAGGAGAUUGCCGUCGAGGAUGACGAUUGGGAGGGAGUUGAAAGAACUGAAAUGGAAAAGCUAUUUGAAGUUGCAGUAGAGAUUGUGAAAAUUCGUGAUAUCGAGGAUCCCAAAUUUGGCGGUGAAUUGAAGAUGCGGCUGAGCGGGCUUUACAAGAUUGCUAUGGAGGGGCCUUGCAGAGAACCGCCGCCAAUGGCUUUGAAGAUGUAUGCUCGAGCCAAAUGGAAUGCCUGGAAGCAGCUGGGGAACAUGACCCCUGAGAUGGCUAUGGAAAGCUAUAUAAACCUUGUUUCUGAGAACAUUCCCGGUUGGACGUCCGAAAUUACUUCGGUAGACGGUUAUCAAAGUGCUUCUCAUUCUCACAAUUCUGAAAAACUAGCUUCCGAAAUGAAACCACCACUUUAACGAAAGGGGGAAAACUCAAGCGUGUUACGUCGAAUGUCGAUUGGUUUUCGUUUAUUUAUCGAUUUUCUACUGGAACUGCAUCUGCAGGAAAUCUGAAUAACUAAAGCCUUGUUUCAACUGCAGGGGAUGGGGAUGAAACUCAGUGAUGAGGAAGGUCUAUGGAGUCAAAAUUCAGUUUAUAAAGUCGUUCUAAGCUUUGGUUCUUUCUUUGCCAUUUAGCCAUUUUCAUAUGGUUUGCAUUUUAUAGAACCCGGCUGUAACAUAAUUUAUUUUUAUCCAUGACAAUCCUGGGGUUCUUGUAAAUAGCAAUUUGAAGUUAUUUUUCCAAGGUAUGAAGCUGUAAAUUCAAAAAUAAUUCCUCUGCCUCUCUAAGUUUGGAUUGAUAUGCGAAAAUAAAUUAAAUCAUUUGAUUUUGUUUUUGUUUUUUUCA